AUGGCUCUUUAUCAUCGAAGGCGCCGGAGCCAUGGUGGCUGGCCCAGUCGCAGUGGCCUUGUUGCUCGACUUUCCUUCAUCGGGCAAGCAAAAGAGCAGCGCUUUGCCAAAUGGCGCCUGGCUCGCGCGGCAGACGAUGAAGUUGACGAUAAUGGCUCUAUCAAAGAAGCGCUGCGUGACGCUUUCCUUGACCCCAAAGCCUGGAUUCUCGUUCUUAUUCAAGUUUGCCAGCUUUCCUCCCAAACACGGACCUACUUCUUCCCUACAAUUGCCAAAAAGCUGGGCUACGGCAACAAGAUUACGUUGCUGAUUAUCGCCCCAAUGUAUAUUUUUAGUUUCAUCACUGCCCUGGGGAACUUCUUGAUUGCAAGCCGUACUGACCAAAGAUUCAUUCUGAUUGCCUGGCCUCUUUGUGUGGACAUUGUCGGUAACAUAAUGGUUAUCUCGUCCCGGUGCAGGAGGUGGAUUACCAGCACAAGUCCUCGCACACGAACGAAGCGAGCCAUCGUAUACGCCUUGGUAAAUCUGUUCGGCAACUCGAUCAACGUUUAUGGCUCCUACUUCUUCCCCACGAAGGAUUCACCCCAAUAUCGCCCAGGAGGCAUCAUUUUAUCCUCAUUUGCUGCGGGAGCCAUCGUGUAG